CUUUUUCUGUUUACUUGUCUCCUUCUCCGUUUAAAUCUGAGAUCUAAGCUCAUCAGAAAAAAAAGAGAAACACAAAUAUCCCGAAAUUGCAUUGCCAUUAUUGGAAGUAGCUCCCUCACUCUCACUCAUUUCAAUUUCAAAUUCGAUUCCACAAUCAUCACAGAUGCAUCUAUCUCUAUCCAUUCAUCUAAUAAUAUAUUUAUUAUAAUACUUCAUCGAUUAUUUUUGUUAUUAUUAUUUUUGGUUUUCAAAUUUGAUGUAAAUUUGGGAAAAUUUUGAAAGAUGUGGGGCACCAUUGCUAAUUUGAAGGAGAACUUGAACAAGAUCGCACUCGACGUUCACGACGACGACGACGAUGACGAAAUCCUUAGCAUCUACGCCGGAAGUCCUGCCGCCGUCUCCGAUCGUCGGAAUUCUCACGGCUCCGCUCAUUCCAAAUCGCCGGCAGUUAGAUCUCGUCCCCUCGCAAAUGGCACCGAUCACGCGCAUCCGUCUCUUUCCGAGAUAGAACAAUACAAAGCAGAAAUCAAGAGACUUCAGGCAUCAGAGGCAGAAAUUAAAGCUCUUUCAGUUAACUAUGCAGCUCUAUUAAAAGAAAAGGAGGAUCACAUUGUUAGAUUGAAUAAAGAAAAUGGCUCAUUAAAACAGCAUUUGGAUGCUACUAGCGCUGCAUUGAGAGUCUCCAGAACUGAAGCAUCAACAAGUGGAACUUAUUCUGUCAAGGGAAGUAAUGACCAAUCACCCAAUCGACAGAAUAAGUUCACAACCCAAAGUAAGACGGAAUCUAAAAAUUCAAAUUUACAAGGAAAUGAGAAGGAGCUUGCAGAUUUAGUUGAUGGAAGAAAUAGGCCAACAGCAGAUGCUGUACAACAUACAGCUGAGAUAGAAAAGUUGAAGUUGGAAAUGGAGCAAGAACGCGCUCGAUUGGCAAAGAUUCAGCUAAAAUGCCAAGAGGAACAGAAAUUGAACAAGUCCUUUCAGGAGGAGCUUAAAAUAUUAAAGUUGGAUAGAGACAAAACAUCUAUGGAGAUGACGAAAAUACGUGAUGAACUAAAUGAGAAAGUGUCAGAAAUAAAGCGACUACAAAUUGAGUUAACUAGAAGGGAAAGUGACGUAGCAGGUGAGGCAGUGGAUAGCUUGAAAAGACUUGUCAAAACCUUAGAGAAGGAAAAUGCCACUCUUAAGAUGGAAAAGAAUGAAAUUGAGGCUGCUCUUGAAACUAGCAGGAAAUAUAUUGGGGUACAGGUUUUGGAUCUAAUGGUUCGCAUGCUUGGAUUCUCUGAUGAAGACAAGCAAAGAAUAGGUGCUGCUCAACAAGGUGGUAAAGUUCGUGGAGUUCUUGGUCUGCCGGGUCGCCUGGUUGGAGGCAUCUUGAGAGGAAGUUCAACUGACACAGCUGCAAGUGCGGGAUCCAAUGAUCAGUCCAUUGCGGAUCUGUGGGUUGAUUUUCUUCUCAAGGAAACCGAAGAACGAGAAAAGAGGGAAUCAUCAACAGCAAAUACUGCUGACCCUAUUGAGGAUUCACCAGAUAAAGGUCCAAAUACUGUUCCUGCUGCUCCACCAAUAUCACCAUUUUCCAACCACAGGCUUGGCAAUAGAACAGCUUCUGCUUUCUCAAUUAAUCAGAAAAUUAGUGUUCCCCCUCGUAUCUCUAAUUUUAACUCCGAGUUCUCAACAGUUCCUCUUACCCCGUCUGAUGAAAAACCUUCUAGUUCAGACCUGCUUCCAAGAUUUUAAAUAGUGGAACUAUGUAAUUAAUCAAAAAAGUAUAGAUCAUUGGUGGUUAAAAUGUAGGCAUGCAAUGAUUUUCAAUUAAUUCUUUCACAUUCAAAAUUAGUCUUAAUUUAAACAUUACCGUCGUCAUAUCGGGUGGAUUCACGUGUACAUAGUUUAAAAAUUUAAGGUUAUAUGCUCAAUUUUGUGAUGCAUAUCAAUUCGUAUGCACUAUUCAGCGAUA